AUGGUGGGACGGACACUCAAAAAAUCGGCGUCGGCGAUUUCCGACACUGUUCGACGCACGUUCUCAACGAAGACGUGGGAGCACAAAGAGCAACUGCACACGCUCACCGAAGAGAACAAGUUCUUCUUGAAAAAAGUACGAUGGCAAAUCGCAAUAAUGGCUCAUAUCGGAUUCGCCAUCAGCUUCGGAAUCCGAUCGAAUUUUGGUGUCGCCAAAAAUCGUAUGAUCAAUAAUUUUACGGAUGCCUACGGAUAUAUUCACGAGAAGGAAUUCUUCUGGACGGCCACUGAAGUCGGAAUGAUGGAGAGCUCGUUUUUCUAUGGAUACGCCGCUUCGCAGAUUCCGGCUGGUGUGCUCGCUGCCAAAUAUGCUCCAAAUAGAAUUUUUUUGACUGGUGUAAUUGUUGCCGCUGCUCUCAACAUCGCCACCGCGUUUGCUCUUCGAUUCCAUCCGACCACCGAUUUUGUUGUGAUGUUCAUCCAAUCAGUUCAGGGUCUCGCAUUGGGUGUCACUUAUCCCGCCAUGCACGGCGUCUGGAAGCACUGGGCUCCACCUCUAGAACGAUCAAAACUCGCAACGACGACAUUCACUGGAUCAGCUGUUGGUGUGAUGGUGGGACUGCCGACGGGCGCAUUCCUCGUCUCACAUAUCCAUUGGAGUGCGCCGUUCUAUGCGUUCGGAGCCGCCGGCGUUAUAUGGGCUCUCAUGUGGGUCUACGUCGCCGGUGGAAGCCCGAAAACUCAUAGUUACAUUAGCAAUGAUGAGCGAACUUAUAUCACCGAAAAAAUCGGAGAGGUCACUGUACAGAACAUGACGCUCACGACACUCCCAUGGAAGAAUAUGCUGACGUCGACGGCUGUUUGGGCAAUCAUUAUUUGCACAUUCUGCCGAUCGUGGAGCUUCUUUUUGCUUCUCGGAAAUCAGUUGACAUAUAUGAAGGAUGUUCUUCAUAUUGAUAUUACUAAUAGUGGAAUUAUCGCCAUCUUCCCUCAACUCUGCACAACAAUUGUGACCUUGGCCAGUGGCCAACUCGCUGAUUAUAUUCGCGCUUCCGGCAAAAUGACGACGGAAGGCGUCCGCAAGAUGUUCAAUACGAUCGGAUUCACCAUCGAGGCGGUGAUGCUCGGCUCGUUGGCGUUCGUGCGAAAUCCGAUCAUCGCGAUUGCCUGUUUGAUUACCGCGUGCGCUGGAGCUGGAGCAGCACAGUCGGGCUUCAACGUCAACCAUUUCGACAUUGCUCCGAGGUACGCCUCGAUUCUGAUGGGAAUUGCGAAUGGGCUGGGCGCGUGCGCCGGAGCCGGCGGACUCAUCACCAACACGCUCACCAUUAAUAAUCCCGAUGGCUGGAAAUGGGUGUUCAUUCUGGCGACCAGUGUCGACGCAUUUGGCAUCAUUUUCUACCUUUUGUUCGCCAAGGGAGAAGUUUUGGAAUGGGCUCGCGAACCGGAAAAAGAGGAGACAUUCAACGAAUUCGUGCGACGAAUGUCUACCAUCGUCCGACGGCUAUCGAGACGUACGCGAGCCAGCGAGGAUAGCUACUCUAGAAUGGAAGAUGAAGCGAAAAACUCAUCGGAAAUGAUCGCUUGUACUCCGCCGCCAACUCAGGAAACCAAUAUUGCGGGACUUUGCAUUGUGCCAGAAGAGCCGGAAACCAAUCGGGUCGCUGAAAAGAGCUUAAAAACCGAUCGUCCAGAGGUCUAA